AUGAGCGACGGGGAAGCGGAGAACGGCGAGGCCGCGAACGCGCGCGACCUCUUCGCGUGGCUCUCGCGCGAGGUGCACGAGCUGGUGUCCCACGUCCCUCGCGUCCACUCGCCGUCACCCAUCGGCUUCCUCCGAGACCACGUCUCGUCGAAUCGGCCCGCGGUCAUCACCGGCGCCUUUGAUGACUGGCCCGCGAUGGAACGAUGGAACCUCGACUACCUCGCCGACGCGAUGGGCGACGCUAAGGUCUCCGUGAACGUGACGCCUGACGGACGCGGAGACGCCCUCCUCUCCACGGACGGCUGGACCGUGUCGGGCCUCGGGGACGACGAGAUGAAGCCCGGCGAGGUGUUUGUUCAACCCGAGGAGAGGGAGAUGACGUUACGGGAGUUCGCGACGAUGCUGGCGACGCCGACGGAGGAUCCAGAUGCGAACGCGCACGCGUCCCGCCGACCCGCGGUGCCGUACGUGUCGAGGCAGUGCGGCAGCCUGCUCGAGGAGUUCCCGUCGUUGGUGGACGAUUGCGCCGACGAGAUUCCAUUCGCGUCGCAGGCGCUGGGUAAACGCCCGGACGCGGUGAACCUGUGGAUCGGCGACGAACGAUCGCACACGACGUUCCACAGGGACCACUACGAGAACGUGUACUGUGUGGUGCGCGGGGUGAAGGUAUUCCACCUGCUGCCGCCGUGCGACGGGAGGGUGCUCGGGUACGUGGACGCGCCGGCGGCGAGGUUCGAGCAAAAACUGGUAGCCGGCGAAAACCGUUUCGCGCUCGCGCUCGAGCGACCGAGACGAACGGUGGCGUGGGCGUCGGCCACCCCGGCGUCGCUCCACGCGCGUGCCCGACAAACGAACCCGAGGGACGCCGUGGUUCCGAUCGUGGUCGAGGUCAAGGCUGGCGAGGCUCUGUACUUACCCGCGAUGUGGUACCAUCACGUCGAGCAGCGAAGAGACGAGUCGGGCCAACCCGCCGUCGCCGUCAACUACUGGUACGACAUGUCAUUCGACGACCGUUACGCGUACGCGCGAUUCGCGCAGGAGGCACACGCGCGGUUCGGCGGCGAGAACCCCUCCGAGUGCGAUGGGCUAUAA